AAACCAGUUGGCGUUCACAUAUACAUUUAGGCUGAUAAAGAUUGGUAUUCAAGGUUUUCGUCUCGUGUAGGCAAGAGUUGAAAUUACCGAUGAACACCCAAUAUCCUGAGUUUCACAACAGCUUUAGAAAUGUAGGAAACCACGUUUAGCUACAAUUUUAUUCCGAGUCGAAGGGUGGAUGAAGUGAUCGACGUGAUGCGAUCUAGUUUUACACAACUUCAAAAGCAACUGAACGGAUCUUUACAUAUGUCAACAGAGGAAGUUGAGGUUUUAUUUCCGUCCAUCUCUGAAGUGCCGUUGGCUCGUUGUAGGGGUUCUCUGCAAAAAGCGUUACUGGCGGAGAGAACCAAGCUGUCGAAAAGUCAGGUCGCCGACGUUCUUACCGUGAAAGGUCCAGUACCGAGAACGGAGAGAGCAGAGUACUUCAGUUAGCGGCGGAAGAAGCUGAAAAUGAAGAUGUCGUUUACGACAACGAUGGCACAGACACAGGUCACAUGUAGACCAGUGAUACCAAAGCAGACUCAGAUCCACCAUACUGUGUCAGUGGAUCAAGCCUCCACCACACAUGCAGUCUGUGGCCAUAUGUUCAGGACAGGAUGAUGCACCUACGUGUCCACACGGGAGAGAAGCAUUACUCCUGCUCCGACUGCAACAAAACCUUCUACAGACAGGUAGGAACUGUGUAGAAGUAGCAAAACAUGAUUUCAGCUUGUGGUAAGAGUGAUAAGCUCUUUGGACAGGCCCAAGCCGUACAUGUGCUCACACUGCAGCAAAUUCUUCUCCAACGCCGCGGCGGUCGCCGCCCACGAGCGAGAAGCCGUUUCCGUGCCCGUACUGUGAGAAGACGUUUACUACCGCCGGUAUGAUGAAGGCGCACAUCCUGUGCCACCUGACUGAGCAACCUCACCCAUGUCCCCAGUGUGACAAUUUCUUCAGAACAGUGUAUGAUCUGAGUCAUCAGCUGGUGACAAGUGUCCCAAGGACUCCAGGACAGCCAGGAUUCUGCAUAACCACAAGGUGGCGGACAGUGACCACACCUUUGGCGGACAGUGACCACACCUUUGAGGACUGCAACAAGACACCCCAUCACCUGAAGCUCCGCUCAGAGGACACGCCCUCCUUCUGUCCCGACCGUGGCAAGGGAUUUCUCUGGCCCGACCGCCUCACCCUCCACCGCCGUACCCACGUUACAGAGCCCAAGUCCGGGAAGAUCCAUGUGCCUGCGGGCGUUCACCAGGGAGUGACACCUUAA